AUGUCCCUUGUGACGCUGAACAGCUGCUGGCCCCUCAUCACCACGUGCUGCUGGUCGCUGCUGCCAUGCGCCCCAGCAGCAGCGCCACCACCCACUCCAGGGCAGCGUGUGUUGCACGCACCCUCUGUGUCAUCCCCAUUCUCUCUGCUCUUCCUUGCCAGAUCUACUCCUCUCGAGCUCCGAUCUACUCCUCCCGAGCUCACAUCUACUCGUCCCAAGCUCAGAUCUACUCCUCCCAAGCUCACAUCUACUCCUCCCGAGCUCAGAUCUAUCCCCCCCGAGCUCAGAUCUACUCCUCCCGAGCUCACAUCUACUCCUCCCGAGCUCAGAUCUACUCCUCCCGAGCUCAGAUCUACUCCUCCCGAGCUCACAUCUACUCCUCCCGAGCUCAGAUCUACUCCUCCCGAGCUCAGAUCUACUCCUCCCGAGCUCACAUCUACUCCUCCCGAGCUUAGAUCUACUCCUCCCGAGCUCACAUCUAUUCCUCCCCAUCUGCAACUCCAGCGCCCAGAUCUGCAUUCCCCGCGCUCAGAUCUGCAACUCCAGCGCCCAGAUCUGCAUUCCCCGCGCUCAGAUCUGCAACUCCAGCGCCCAGAUCUAUCUGCACUCCGCCCACCCAGAUCUGCCCUCCGCACGUCCAGAUCUGCACUCCGCGCGCCCAGAUCUGCCCUCCGCGCGCCCAGAUCUGCCCUCCGCGCGCCCAGAUCUGCAUCUCCCGCGCUGAAAUCUGACCAUUUCGCGCCCAUCUCUGCUCGUCCGCGCCCUGCCCGUCCGCACGCCCUGCUCGUCCGCGCCCUGCCCGUCCGCACGCCCUGCUCGUCCGCGCCCUGCCCGUCCGCACGCCCUGCUCGUCCGCGCCCUGCCCGUCCGCACGCCCUGCUCGUCCGCGCCGUGCCUGUCCGCGCGCCCUGCUCGUCCGCGCCGUGCCCGUCCGCGCGCCCUGCUCGUCCGCCCUUCGCGUCCGCGCCCUGCCCGUCCGCACGCCCUGCUCGUCCGCGCCCUGCCCGUCCGCACGCCCUGCUCGUCCGCGCCCUGCCCGUCCGCACGCCCUGCUCGUCCGCGCCCUGCCCGUCCGCGCGCUCUGCUCGUCCGCGCCCUCCCCGUCCGCGCACUCGUCGCACGCCUCCUUCCCCGCUCGCUGUCCCCCGUCCCCUCGUCCGCCCCCUGCCCACCUCCCCGGCAUACCGCACAUUUGCAAACGCAUACCGCACACCUUCAUGCCCUGCUCGCCUGCGCCAUGCCGUAACCGCCCACACUCACAUUGCUCCCUCCAUGGCAAUAGUCGCCCUGGCAUGCAGCAGAAGUGGUGCCGGUGGGCAUGGAGGAGGGCAUAGUGGUAGCUGUGGUGGUGGUCAAGGGAGACUCGCAGGAUAUUGUGUGCAAAAUCUCCACCCAAGCCCACCAUGCCCCGAGUCCACCCUUCUCUCCUCCUCCUCCUCAGCAGCAGCAGCAGCAGCAGCAGCAGCAGCAGCAGCAGCAGCAGCAGCAGCAGCAGCAGCAGCAGCAGCAGCAGCAGCAGCAGCAGCAGCAGCAGCAGCGGCAGCGGCAGCGGCAGCGGCAGCGGCAGCAGCAGCGGCAGCGGCAGCGGCAGCGGCAGCGGCAGCGGCAGCAGCAGCAGCAGCAGCAGCAGCAGCAGCAGCAGCAGCAGCAGCACCGGCAGCAGCAGCAGCAGCAGCAGCAGCAGCAGCAGCAGCAGCAGCAGCAGCAGCAGCAGCAGCAGCAGCAGCAGCAGCAGCAGCAGCAGCAGCAGCAGCAGCAGCAGCACCAGCACCAGCAGCUCUGGCACCUCCUCCUCCAGCUCCAGCAGUUGCUUCACCGCCUGCAGCAGCACCUUAG